GGCGCCGAAUAGCAUCAGUAUCCUCACCCGGCAGAUGGGCUUUGUUUUCAAGGGAGUAGCUCUCAAGGCCCCCCGAUCCGACCCACGCUCCAGGCCUGUCUUUGACGUACAGCCCCGUGCCUGUGUUGGGUUUUAACUAGACUGUUGACGAGCAAUAUACUGAGCAGACAAGACCGAAGCAGAUCGCUUGCCAAACCCUGAGAUCUCCCUGGAUCAUGGCUCCUCUCACCCCGGUGUACUUCUUCUCGCAUGGCUCGACCAUGAUGCUUGGCGAGGAAUCCGAGUCGGCCACAUAUUGGAAGAAAGCUGGAGAUGAAGCUCUCGCCAACAACAUCAAGGGCGUCAUCAUGAUGGGAGCCCACUGGGGCGCCCAGGGCGACGAAAUCCACGUCGCCACCAACCAUGCACCAACCAAGUCCCCCGUAGCCUACGUGCACCCCAGCAAAUACGUCGACUACAAGCUCAACCCCGACCUCAAGACAGCCGAGCGUUGCAUCAACCUGCUCCAGUCCGCCGGCUUCCACGCCUCGGGCGACGCCACCUUCGAUUGGAUCCACGACACCUACCUGAUCCUGAUCCGCAUGUUCCCCUCCGGCUGCCCGCCAACAACCCUCAUCUCGACCAACGAGCGCUACGACCCGCACUUCCACGUCAAAGUGGGCGCCGCCCUGCGCCCGUUGCGCGCCGAGAACUACCUCCUCAUCGGCUCGGGCGGCGCCGUGCACAACCUGUACCGCAACCAUUGGACGCCCAUGCUGCGCUUCAGCGACAAUUUCGCGCAGGAGCGCCCGCCCGAGACCUGGGCGCUCGAGUUCCGCCAGGCCGUCGAGGACGUGUGCCGGAAUAACACGGGCCCGGCGCUGAGGAGGGCCAUGACAAGGUUGAUGAAGCAUCCGCUGUAUCGGGAUGCGCAUGCCACGGAUGACCAUUUCAUGGCGGCGUUGUUUGUGGCUGGGGCCGUGGGCGAUGAGGAGGAUGAGGGGGUCCGUGGGGAGCUGGCGGCUGAGACGUGGGAGUUGACGAACAUGUGUAACAGCCAGUUUGUGUGGGGGAGGUGGCCGAGAAUGCCGGUGGCUGCGGCAUGAUUCAGGCGUAAUCUCUCUGUUCAAUACGAUUUUGGUCAUUGAAGACAGCGAGCGUAUAGUGAAAUAGAUUGAAACUGAAAUAUGUGC